UCCCGGUUUUCAUCUAUAAGAGGUUUUCAUAGCUCUAAAGUAAUAAUAAUUAAUCAAUUAUUAUUGAUUAUUUUUAUCAAGAUUUACGACAACAAAAACCACCGAAAUGCAAUCCUCCACCGAAAGAGACAAUAUCGAAUUCGGUUUGCCACUGGCCUGUAGCUUUAAGCAACUUGUGAACAACGCACACCUUGCAGAUAUCCGGUUCAAGGUUGGCCAAUGCGGAGAAUUGAUUUACGCGCACAAGCUGAUCAUCGCAAUGGCCAGCGAAGUAUUUUAUACGCAGUUUUACAGGGGGUUUGCAGAAUCUCAAUGCGAUACUCUUACUAAUCCGGUUGCAAUAGACGAUAUCGAACCGGCCCCAUUUCUGGAACUACUGCGAUACAUUUAUUGCAGAGAGGUCAACAUUCUACCUGGCAACAUGUUGGAUUUAUACUACGCUUCGGAAAAGUACAUGUUGAGAAAGCUGGGUAUGAUGUGCGAGAACAAGUUCUACCUGCUGAUAAACGCAACCACCGUACUGAAGGUACUUCAGCAUAACCGACGAUAUGAGUUCCCCGCAGUUGAUACUUUGUGCUUGGAAAUGAUCCGCGAUAAUCCGCUGAAGUAUUUUAAGCAGGAAGAAUUCCUAACUCUGAGCCAGCAAGCACUGAAGCUGAUUGUCUCCAGCCCUGUGAUGAAUUGUAACAAGGACCAGUUGGUUCUGGCGAUCGAACAAUGGGAGCAGUGCAACGAAAAGACUGAAAUUGAUGUUCAGUUGCAUAAGACGUUUUGCCGAAAACUCUACUUUUAUAAUAAAUGUGCUUACAGUUCCAACAUUGACACACGUUUCGUACUAAAUCCAUUCCAGAACAAAAUCAUUGCGCUGCACGGAAUGGGCAUCUAUGUGGGCGUAGAGAACGAUUCCCCUAUGCCUAAUAGUACAGUCACUGUAAGCGUGAAUCUCAAUGGAUUCAAUAUCAAGGAGACGUUUCCAGUUUUGGAUGAAUUGAAGAUUUAUGAGAUAAUCUUUGAGAAGCAGUUGAUCGAUAAACAAUGCGAGAUCAGUGUAACAGUAGUCCAGCAAGGCUGUGAAGAGCAGUACGAAAUGUUUCAUCUUCAGGGAUGGUAUACGAUGGACGAAACAAUGGUGACGGUCGCAGGCUGUGCAGGUACACAACAUAUAGGUUACCGCCACAGCAGUUACAAUUAUGGUUCAACAUCGGUGAUCAAUUGCGUAGCAUAUUUGUUAUGUGUAAAAACAUAUGUUGAUAAACGCUGAAAGUCUGCUUGAAAAUCAGCUCCAUGGGACACCCGUAUUCUCGUUUUCGUUCGAACUGUUUUUCCAUACAAAAAAGAAGGUUCGAACGAAAACAAGAAUAUGUGUGAUUAUAAUGACUAACUGCUGUUAAUAUGCAAUGAUU